GUAUUGGAAGUCUUGCUUACUUUUUCUUUCUGUUUUCUUCCAUGUUGUUACUUGAAGUGAAGGCAGAAAAUGCCACCAAGAAUGGUGUUCUGUGCCCGGCUUGUAUUUCCAAUCAUGAACCCUGCACAGCUAACUAUUCAAUGGCAUGUACCGGAGAAGAAAGGUAUUGCUUGACUCUUCAAGGAAAAUUUAUAGGCUCCAAGCCGAUAAUGCACACUAGUGGCUGCAGCACUUUUGCAGAGAGCUUGUGCAGAGAGAACCAACCUUUGGAUUUUCUAACAUAUCCAGAUGAAAAAAUUCCGACCCGCUACACUAAGGUGACCAGCAAAACCAAUCUAGCAACACGACAUUUUAUCUGGUGUAGAAUUUGUCACAAUUGUCCCGAAGAGUACAACCCCAAGGCUAAAGCGAUCUUGUGUUCACAAGAUGAAGAUGUCUGUGUAUAUGAAAGAACAAGGAUUAUAUAUGGAAGGUACAUUGUGAUGGAAACCUUACACGGCUGCACCACCGAUGAGAUCUGUGAAGCCGGAUCCAUCCUGACAGAGGCAGAUGAUGAACGUAAUACUUUCAGUACCAUAAAAACGGAUAUUCGUUGCACAGUAAGCGGUGCAAUCACAUGGAGUAGUGCCAUUUACAAAUUCUUAAUGAUCACAUAUACAGCCCUCUGUGUACUGGACAUUUGA